AUGGGUGACAGCGUGCCCAACGUGACCCUCGUCACGGAGUUCCUGCUGCUGGGGCUCCCCGAGGACCGGGCGCUGCAGGGGCUCUGUGCCGGCGUCUUCCUCCUGACGUACCUGGCGGCCGUCACGGGCAACCUGCUCAUCGUGGCCCUCACCUCCGCGGACCUGCGCCUGCAGACGCCCAUGUACUUCUUCCUCAGGAACCUGUCGCUGGUGGACAUCUGCUUCAUCUCGGCCACCGUCCCCAAGUCCGUCGCCGGCGCCCUGACCGGCAGCCACGCCAUCUCCUUCCGGGGCUGCGCCGCGCAGGUCUUCCUGGUGAUCGCCUUCGCGGGCGCGGAGUUCGCGCUGCUGCUGGUGAUGUCCUACGACCGCCACGCCGCCAUCUGCCGCCCGCUGCACUACAGCGUCCUCAUGAGCAGGGCCGCCUGCGUGCGCAUGGCCGCGGCCUCCUGGCUCGGCGGCUGCGUCUACGGCUCGCUGCACGCGGCGGGGACCCUGUCCGUCCGCUUCUGCGGGCCCAGCGUGGUGCACCAGUUCUUCUGCGACAUCCCCUCGCUGCUGGCGCUGGCCUGUCCCGGGGAGCAGAGGCUGGAGUUCGCCUUCAUCGCGGGCAGCUGCGGUUUCUCGCUCGUGUGCUUCCUGUUAAUGGCUGUGUCCUACGCUCAGAUCUUCGCCGCCGUCCUGAGGAUCCCGUCGGCCCAGGGCCGGGCCAAGACCUUCUCCACCUGCCUGCCCCACCUCUCGGUGGUGGCCCUGUUCCUCUCCUCGGGCUUUAUCGCGUAUUUGGGUUCAGCUUCGAAGUCCCCGUCGUCCCUGAACCUCUUUAUCUCGGCGCUGUACUCGCUGCUGCCCCCCAGCCUGAACCCCGUCAUCUACAGCCUGAGGAACCGGGACAUGAAGUUGGCCCUCGGCAAACUGUUUGGUGAAAAGAGCAGCGCUGAUGUCUGA